GUCCUGCGCUCGUCCUUUCCUUCAUUCGGCCUCAAGCGAGUCUGGUUUUGUUUCUUCCUCCCGCCCCACUUCUUUUUGCGUCACCCGCUCACGUCGGUGGCGGUGUUGCUCUCUCUUGGCAAUGUUGGGAUUCCGGUUUCUUCAUACCUCGGUGCUCGCCGCCCUCACGCUCUCCCUCAAGAGCUAUGCUGCCAUCGGGCCCGUCACGGACUUGACUGUCGCAAACGCGAACAUCUCCCCAGACGGAUAUGAGCGCGCCGCGGUGCUCGCGGGCGGUUCUUUCCCUGGCCCCCUCAUCACUGGCCGGAAGGGCGACCACUUCCAGAUCAACGUCGUCGACCAGCUCACCAACCACACCAUGCUCAAGUCCACUAGCAUCCAUUGGCAUGGAUUGUUUCAGAAGGGAACCAACUGGGCCGAUGGGCCCGCGUUCGUGAACCAAUGCCCGAUAUCGACAGGCAACUCUUUCUUGUACGACUUCCAUGUCCCAGACCAAGCAGGGACGUUCUGGUAUCACAGCCAUCUAUCUACCCAGUAUUGUGACGGUCUGCGGGGUGCAAUGGUGGUUUACGACCCCAAUGACCCCCACAAGAACCUGUACGACGUGGAUAAUGAUGACACGGUCAUCACGCUCGCAGACUGGUACCAUGUCGCGUCGAAGCUGGGCCCUGCGGUACCCUUUGGCGGCGACUCCACGCUCAUCAACGGCAAAGGACGCUCGACGGCCACGCCCACUGCAGACCUCGCCGUCAUCUCCGUAACGCAGGGAAAGCGCUACCGCUUCCGCCUCGUGUCGCUCUCGUGCGACCCGAACUUCACGUUCAGCAUCGACGGGCACGCGCUCACGGUCAUCGAGGCGGACGCGGUCAGCACGCAGCCGCUCACGGUCGACUCGAUCCAGAUCUUCGCGGGCCAGCGGUACUCGUUCGUCCUGAAUGCGAACCAGAGCGUGGACAGCUACUGGAUCAGGGCGCAGCCGAGCUUGGGCAACGUCGGAUUCGAUGGGGGCCUGAACUCGGCGAUUUUGAGGUACGACGGGGCGGCGCCGACGGAGCCUUCGGCGCUCGCGGUGCCGGUGAGCACGAACCCGUUGGUGGAGACGGCGCUGAGGCCGUUGAACUCGAUGCCGGUGCCCGGUAAGGCUGAGGUCGGCGGUGUCGACAAGGCUAUCAACCUUGCGUUCAGCUUUAACGGCACGAACUUCUUUAUCAACGGCGCGACGUUCGUGCCGCCCGCGGUCCCGGUCCUCCUGCAGAUCAUGAGCGGCGCGCAGAGCGCAUCGGACCUGCUCCCGUCCGGCUCCGUCUUCGUCCUCCCUUCGAACGCGACGAUCGAGCUGUCGUUCCCCGCGACGGCCAACGCGCCCGGGGCUCCCCACCCCUUCCACUUGCACGGGCACACGUUCGCCGUCGUGCGCAGCGCGGGCAGCGCGGAGUACAACUACGAGAACCCGAUCUGGCGCGACGUCGUGAGCACCGGCAGCCCUGGCGACAACGUCACGAUCCGCUUCAGGACGGACAACCCGGGACCGUGGUUCCUCCACUGCCACAUCGACCCUCAUCUGGAGGCGGGCUUCGCUGUCGUGAUGGCGGAAGACACUCGCGAUGUCAAGGCUGAUGAUCCUGAGCCCAAAGCUUGGGACGAUCUGUGCCCCACGUACAACGCGCUCGCGGUGGACGAUCAGUGAACGCUGAGCCUGACGAUGCGCCCUAUGGGGCGAUUUCCUAUCUCGUUGGGGACCAAUGACGCUUUCGUGCUUUCGGUGGACUUUGGAACGACUCUCGUAGCAUAAGAAACCAGGCAGAUAUUGUAAUGUGACCAGGCCCGGGGCGGCCACUACCAGCCCAGUCUACUAUUAGCCCUCCACUCUUUUUAUGACGUCGCAUACUUAGAUUACUUACUGUAUAGUACAUUGCACAGCCUUAGAC